UGGACCGGGCUUGUUCCAUGGGACAGUGGCCGGAGAAGGCCCCGUGGCGGCCUCCGUGCCCAAGACCUCCUGGAGGACGCUUGGAGAGGUAAGAGUGGAUCUGCAGAGACUGGGUAUGAGGAUUUCUGGCAUGUGACUCAGUCCUCAUUGCUCCUGGCUCCCAAUUCUGCCCUCUUUGGAAUCUGCUGGCCCUGAGAGAUCUAUGAAAAGAGGAGAAAAUGGCUCCCCGGUUCCUGGCAGCAAGACCCCCAGAGCUGGUGACAUUCAAGGAUGUGGCUGUGGACUUUACCCAGGAGGAAUGGGAGCAUCUGGACCCCUCACAGAGGCACCUGUACCUAGAAGUGACGUUGGAGAACUAUGGGAAUCUCAUCUCCUUGGUCUUGAGAGGACCUUCACGAAUACCAAGGGCUAAGAUUUUACUUGUGGGAGGGUCCUUGUCCACAUCACAGUGCCAUAAUCCUUGGGUCUUUCCCCUCAAGCAGGGCAUCUGCUGCCCAAACUAGAAGAGAUUUUCCAUUUUGAACAAGAAGAUGAUGUGUGGAUGGAGGAAGAAAUACCAAGAAGCUCCUAUUCAGGUGAGAACCAGUCAGCCAGGAGUAAAUGCUG